AUGGACGCCUACUCCAGCUACAAUCAAAUUUGGAUUCAUGAGGAUGAUAAGGCGAAAACUUCUUUCAUCAUCGAGAAAGGGACCUACUGCUACAAGGUCAUGCCUUUUGGGCUAAAGAACGCCGGAGCAACCUAUCAAAGGCUCGUGAAUAAAAUCUUCAAGGAGCAGAUCAGCAAAACUAUGGAAGUAUGGAUGACAUGCUGGUCAAGGCCCCAAAUCGUGCAGAUCACAUCAAAAACCUUGCCGAGGCAUUUAGCCUGCUCCACCGGCAUCGCAUGA